AUGGAUCAGAGAAUGUCUUACAAACCUAUGGAAAGACUGACUUUCUUUGAAAUAUUCAAGGCACAUUGCAGUGAAUCAGACUUAGGGCCUAUCAGCCUUAAUUGGUUUGAAGAACUUAGCGCAGAAGCACCACCAUAUGAGCCUAAGUUGUUAGGAGAACUUGAUGGUCCCUUUGGCUGGCUUGAUCAAACAUCUUUUAAAACUCCAAAGGCAAAACCCUCCACAUGUGGUGAGCUAGCAUCGACUCCACUGAUUUUUAAAGAAUCCCCAGGAAAAGAACCAUAUCAGAAAAAAACAAGUGCAAGCAGAGAGAAUUUGAUAAGCCCAAAUAUCUCAAGAAGAAAAAUAGAUCAAGAAAAUGAAAUACUUGCUUCUCCUCCUGGUACCUCCUGCAACUGCCUUGUGGCUAGUCCAUCUGUUUUAAGGAAUACUUACAGAACGCCUCAGAGAACUAAUAUGCCUGGACCAUAUGGAAGCUUGUUUUGCACACCAAAAUUAUUGGAGGUCAGGACUCCAAAACAUAUUUCUGAAAGUCUGGGAGCAGAAGUGGAUCCAGAUAUGUCCUGGUCUAGUUCUCUAGCCACACCUCCUACACUCGGUGCAACAGUGAUAAUAGCUAGAGAGAAUGAUUCUAUUUCUGGAGCAAAACAACAGGAUGAAAAAGCUGAGAUAAUUUUACACAACUUUUCCAACCAUGAUAAAUACCCUGGGGCAAGUAACAUGAACAUGCUGUUUGUGCCAGAGAAAAUAAAACUAAAUGCUGAAGAUGACAUCAAGGAUUUUGAGUCAGAGAUGUUAGAUGGCUUAUUUGGUGAGAUGAAUAGCUUUGAGGAGACGUUCAACGUGUCUGCUAAGUCAAAUGGAGCUCUUCUGCUGAUGCCACAUGCUAUAGAUACAGUAGAGAAAUUUGAAAUAGACACAGGUAAAGUGCGAGGAAAGGGAGAUGUUCCUUCCGAGCCGCCUAUGGGAAGAAAGACAGUUGUUUCAAAGGAAGAGAAAACAAUGAGCUGGACUGAAAAAAACCACUCUAUUGAAAUGCAGGAUUCUUUACUCCAAAGUACAGAGGAUGGUGAAGAUGGCUUUUUAGUAGAACAUGAAAAGGAAUUGGAGUCACUUAGGAUUGCAGGAGAUGUGCAAGAUUAUAGAACACACAAGUCAUGUGAGAAUGAGAAGCCUGUGAGAGAAGACAUGCCGUCUUCACCAAGCCAGUGGUCUCAACUGAACUUAUCAGAUCUUGAUGUAACACGCUUGGAAAUGUCUCUGUGUAGCUCUCCACCCUCUGACUUACGUAGAGAGAGAAAUUUAGAAGAGAAUUCAGUACUAAUGACCAAGGAUGAUGCUUUGGAAACAUCUUUCCUGAACACUUCAGGCUUAAUAAAGGCAGAAAAGUUGUUGAGUGUCAAUUCAUCAGAAAAGCACUGUGAAGUGAAAAAUUCUGAAAACAACCCAACAUUGGAAAUAACUCCAGUAAAAUCUGUAUCUCUGAAUGUUCAAGAUCCAAAGUUAGUAAAAGGGUGUGCAGCUGAGAAGGUUUCCAAAAUGAGCUUCUUAAACUGUAAUUCUUUUAUAAUUGAAAGUACAAAUGUCACAGAAUAUUCUGUAGUCUACAAUGGCAGCUUUUCCAAGCGUUUAAAAGCAACUUCUAAAUCUAUCAUAACGGAUGUUCUGUCUCACCCACUUGUAUGUAGUGCUGCAUCUCCAGAUAAUUGCAAUGACCCACAUUUAACAAGUACUGAAAAUAACCUUACAAAGUCUGGCUUUAAAAGCCUGAAUGUGUUGUCCAGCUUGAGAAAGAGAUCCAAGAGAUUUAUUUAUACAAUAAAUAAUACUUUACUGUAUCAAGAAGAAAAAGUACAGAAAGAAGUGACUUCCGAAUUGCCUACUCAUCCUGUGUUAUCACAUUCAGAACCUGAUUCAUGUGGAUUUAAAGGCAGUCAUGUGGCCAGUGUUGAUGAACAAGACUGCUUGCUUCUUGCUGAAAGAAAGCAUUUGCAAUCAGAUAUUGAAGAAAAGAAUUUCAGCACUUGUACUUUAAAAGUGGAUAUAAUGGAUGACUCCUCUUAUAGUUCCUUCAGUGACAGGCUGAAGCGACAAGACCUGAGAGAUUUGGGGGAAAAUGGAAGAGAGGAUCAGCUGGCUACAUCAUUAAAAUGCUUAGAAUUAUCUAACACCCAGAAAGAAGAAACAACAGAUUCUUUAAAUAGUGAAGUAAUUUCAAAUAUAAAGCAGAAAGUUCUAACUUCAGCAUACCUAAUGGCAAGAAAGCGUUCCAGAUUGCUCCAUAAAGGAUGCUGCUUAGAGAAAGGCAAGCAAAACAACUAUGAGAGUGCUGGUGUGAAUGAUGGAGCUACUGUACCUCAGAGCCUUCAAGAACAUCUCGUGUGGCCUUCUCCUAGGGAUACUGAACACUUGACUAACAUGCACCAUGACGUUGCAUCUGUGACAAGUGGUGGCAUCAAUAAUACUUUGAGUCACGUCAACUUUGGCAUAAAUGGAGUCAGUAGUGAUUGUUCCAAUAAAGCAUCAACUGAUAGACAUGCUACAGGCCAGUCAGUAGUGGACUGUAGUGAAGUACUUGGACCUUUGGGAUUAAACUGCUCAGAAAAUUGUAGUACUGGAUUAAAACAAGGGGACAAAACAGAUGCAGCUGUCUUUUCAGAAGUUGUAGCUGAAAAUCAAGGGCCAAAGUCAGGUGAAAACAAUGAAAGCUCUCAAGCAGCUGCUUGCAGUAAUGUAGCUGUAGGUAGUGCUAAAGAAUUGUUAGAUUGUAUAGAUGAUACUUCUUUAAAUGAAUUAAUUUCUGAAGAUAAACAAGUAGCAUCUAUGCAUCCCAGCACAAAGUCAAAGGAGAACCUAAAGCAUAAAGGGAAAUCAGCAGGAAAUCUUAAUGCAUGCAGUUUGAAUCUGGGCUUUGGUGGCUUUCAGACUGCUUCAAAUAAGCAGAUUAAAUUCUCUGAAACUAGUAUAGCGAAGGGCAGAAUGCUGUUCAAGGAUAUUGAAAAUGAAUACUUUGAAACCUCUUCCAAUAAAAAAGUCCAAAACUUCUCAAAUCAACGUAAAAAGGAGACUAAGCUUUUCUCAGAUUCAGAAAGCAAGCUAGGCAGUAAUUUGCCUGAUUCUUUAACUUCACAGACAAGUUUUCUUGAGCCCAGGAAUACACAGAUUAUUCCACAUAAAGCUGUCUUGUGUAAAAGUUUUGCUGGAAGUCAGCAAACCUUGCAAGAAACAAAUCAGACUUUGACAGCAAGCCAAGAAGCUGAAAUUGCUGAACUUUCUAGUAUCCUGGAAGAAACAGGUAGUCAGUUUGAAUUUACCCAGUUUAGAAAACAAAGUAACAUGGUACAAGGUCAUGUCUUUCAGCAGUCUGGAACUGUAGAAAACCAAGAAACUACAAAUGUGGAAAAUACUGCUGAAACGAGGAAAGAUGUUGCUUUUUAUAGCACUUUUAAAUCUGAAAUUAAAAAAGACAGUUAUUGUACUAAGCAGGAAGAUGUAAAUGAAGACUCUAAAGUUGGGGAAUAUGAAAAAGAAAACACUUUGUUUUUCAAGAAAAAUGACAAAAAGGUUGCUUUUACAAACUUGGGCAGAAAUGAAAGUAGAAUAUCUGAUGGAACUUUUUCAGCAGCUGAACAGGACAGCUUUUCCAAUUUUGUGGGCUUUACUUCUGCUGGAGGUAAAAAAAUAACUAUUUCUAAGGAAGCUUUGACCAGAUCUGCAGAGCUCUUCAGGGACUUGGAUGAUGAUAACUAUUUGUUUACAUCUUCUGAAACUAGUACUAGAUGUCGCAGUACAAAUGGACAUAUGUCUUCUAAGGGCAAUUUUGCCAGAUGCCCGACAAAAGAAAAUAAAGAAAAAACAGUUCAUGUUUCAGAUUUCAAAAACAGAGCUGACAUUUGCCACAUAGAUUCCAUUUCUCACUGUGCACAGAAAAAAUAUGAAGAAAAUAUUAGUACACUGUUCAAGGAAGAUAUGGAAAAUUUAACCAAAAUAUCAAUAAAUCAAAAUGAAAAUGUUAUUUUCAGUAGUUCUGACACUAUCAUCAGUGGUCUGUCAUCCAUUAAAAACCAUAACCAGAAUCCUCAAACUUCCAAACAGGUUUUGAAUCAAGGAGAUUGCCAAGGUGUAGGUAGUUUCCAAGAAGACUCAUUAGAUGUAACAUGUCUAGAAGAUGCUACUAGAACUGCAGAAGGAUGUAGUUUAAGUGUAUCAGAUGAAAUGGAAAGCCUGUCUCCUAAUCAGAAAGGAAAAGACAAAAAGGAAAAUGAGGACUGGUCACAAAAAUUUCAAACUCCAGCUGGGGCUGAUGUGUCCAUUUCUGAUGCAGCUUUGGCUCAUUCUUUACACUUGUUCAAUGUACCAUGUGGGGAAAGAGAUGUAAAUGUUUUGGGGAACUCUGAUAAACAAAAGACAACUUGUAAAAAUAUGGAAGGAGAAGACUCCACACAUAAGAACCUGUUCUUGGAUGAAAGCAGAAUAAAAAUUGAUUCUUGGCAUCAUCAUCAAAUACCUUUUCAGCAGAAGGUGUGUGGUGAAAAUGAAGUGAAAGGGAGUUACCUGACUGGUUUUCAUACUGCUAGUGGAAAGAAAAUAACAGUUGCUGAUGAAUUUUUGGCCAAAGCUAAAUGUUUUUUUGCAGAAAACAUUGACGUAGGAAGGGAACAUAAUGGCAGUUUUGAGAACCUUACAAAGAGGACGAAAUUUGGUAAGAAUUGUGUCAAAGACUAUGAUUUAUGUAUUGAAAGCAUUUCUCAGUGUGAUCCAGAUGAACUUAAUAAAAACCUUGUUCCUGAAGAAUCUGGAGAUCAAUUUAAGCAGGCAGUAGAGGACAGUCCUGUUAAACAUGCUGUGAUUCUUGAUACUGUUAAAGCGGAUGGAUUUGUUCAUCUAGGUGAAGAUUGUGAAAGAAGUUUAGUAACUUCAUAUGCACAUCAAAAAGCUGAUGUUAGACCUGGAAACUCAGAAUUGCAAUCCCUUCCUGGACAGGAGAGUGAUGCUUUAAAUAGAACUCAUUUGUCUGAAGAUGGAAAGCUAUUUGCAGAGAGAGAGGCAGAAUACUUGGCAAAAAAGAAGGGUGAUUCAGAAAACAUGCAUGAUUUGCCUGUGCACUCUGAUGCAUCUCUGCAUGUAAUGAAAGUAUCAAGUGACCUUGAAGAUAGUUCUGUGCCUGGAGAUAUAAAAAGUACUCUAUUUGUUGAGGAUAGUAACAAUAAAUCAAAUCAAUCCCUUCUCCUAACUCCGAAAAGUAACUCUUCUUAUUUGAACUGUGACAAUAAGGAACUUUACUUGCAACGUUUAAAUGAGCCUUGUGCUGAUACAAACUGCAUCGCAGACACCAUAGUUAAUGCUCACCAAAAACAGUCACUAGUCAGUCUUCCUGAAGAUGAAACUAAUUCGACCAGGUUAAAAGAAGCAACACUUACUGUUGAAAAUCAAAAGGGUGAUCUGAAACAAAUUGUGUUUAGCACAGCAAAAGGUAAAACAGUUCCUGUUUCAGAAAGUGCACUCGCAGAAGUCAGACAAAUGUUUAAAGAGGACUAUAGCGAAACUGGAAAAUAUGAAAUUGAAACUAAUUCAAGAACUAAAACAGAAAUUGGUGGAAAUUCCUCUACUAUCAUUCAUGCUGAGUACUGUAAUUCUGCUAAGCCUUUAAAUGCUAUAAGAAGUGAAGAGAGUAAUUCAGCAGCAUCUCAUUUUAUAAAAGUAAAUGUAAGUGCUAGUGAAAAUUGUCACCAAGAUAGAAACACAUUUGCAGAUGCAAACUCUGUUUUGAAUUUCCAGAGACAACACUUUCAACAGAAUAUGAAGCUUCUAGGGCACACAGAUGUUGCAGAUAAGCAGACAACACAGUUGGAUUUUUCUACAAGCAAUCUUGGAUUUUUUAGUACAGCAAGUGGUAAGCCUGUACAACUAUCAGAAGAGUCACUCAAGAGAGCUAGACAGCUUUUCUCUGAAAUAGAAAGUAAUCAGUCACUGAAUGCACAAGAAGCGUUUUUAGUUGAGGAAAAUGUUCAAAAGUCUGAAAUGCACAUUGAAGUAGUUCCUGGGAAAAUGCAGAUGGUGCUACCAAAAGGAGUAGAAAACUCAAGCACCGAAUUGAUUUCAGCUCCUGCAUAUGGUUUCAGCACUGCAAGUGGAAAGCAAGUAACAGUCUCUGAAAACGCCUAUCAAAAAGCAAAGGCAAUUUUAAAAGAAUCUGACUUUUUCAGCAGUGGGCUUUGCAUUACAGAUCAACUUGGUUCAACUAAAGAAAGUGGCCUGAAUGAAAAAUCUUUAACUGAUAAAGUGAUAUCAGAAUCCCAAAUUAAAAAUAGCUGCAAUCAAGACUCUGACUUAAAAAGCAUCUACCCUGAGGAAAUUAAGUCUUUUCCAAGCACUCACCCUGUCAAAAUGCCUGAGUACAUACCACAUAGUAAAACAAACAAGCAGUUAUCAUUUAAAAAUAACUUUCAGCAGAAGGAAACUAGGACUUUCAGAAAAGGGCAGCUGAAUCUGGGGAUGAAAACAGAAUCUGAAGCUAUUUCAUGCAGUGCUACUGCUAAAGCAGAAACGAAUAUUGAUGUUCGUCAAACUCCAAAAAAUUACUUGGAAGUGGAAGCUGUAGAAAGUGCAAGAGCUUUUAUGGAAGACAGUCUUUCGAAUUCUGGAAUACAAAUUAAUCCUGCACAGUCCUUCAGUGGCAGACUGGAUAAAACCUUACAAAGUAAGACCUUUGGGAAGAGGCGCAUUGAAGAAGAAAACUUACUCGGAGAACCUCCAAUUAAAAGACAGCUACUGCUUGAAUUUAACAGAACAGAGAAUCGACCCAGAUCUUUGAAAGCUUCAAAAAGCACCCCUGAUGGCAUUUUCAAAGACCGAAGAAAAUUUAUCUACCAUGUUCCUUUAAAGCCCAUAACUUGUCAGCCUUUUGGGGCUACUACAGAAAGACAAGAAGUCAAGAAUCCUACUCUUACUCUGCCAGAUCAAGACUUGAAAGGAUUCAAAUCUAAACCUGCAAUUUUUCAGCACUGUGCGCUAAGGCAGUCUGCAAAUGGUACUUCAGAGGUUUCUACUCUGUGUAAAGCCUCAGCAAAAGAGAGUGAAGAAACAAGAAAUUUGUACAAACCUGGCAAAACUACUAAAACUUUUAUUCCACCUUUCAAAACCAAGCUGACAUUUUUGACAGGUGAACAAGGCACCAGCAAAAGAUGUGACUCACCCAUCAUCAAAAAUAAGACUGAAGAGAUAGAAUUAAAUCAGAUCACAACUGAACAAAACACUGCUGAACCUCAGGAUUGCCAGUCUGGCAUCCAGCAUGCAGCAGACAGUGACCUAGAAAAUGGCAAUUUAGCUAUGGUCAAGAUGAUGACAAACCUCCGCUGUGCCAGAGAUUUGCAGGAAAUGAGAAUUAAAAAGAAAUACAGGCAAAACAUUAGCUCACAGCCAGGCAGUCUUUAUGUUGUUAAAACAUCUGCAAAAAAUAGAAUCUCUCUGAAAGCUGCAGUAGAAGAGAAAUCUCCUAGUUUUUAUUCUGCACACGAGCUUUACACAUAUGGGGUUUCAAAACAUUGCAUGAAAGUUAACAGUACAAAUGCAGAAUCUUUCCAGUUUCUCAUCAAAGACUUUGUCAGUAAGGAGUAUUUAUUAUCUGGAAAUGGGAUGCAGCUUGCUGAUGGAGGAUGGUUAAUACCUACAGAUGAGGGAAGAGCUGGAAAAAAGGAGUUUUACAGAGCCCUUUGUGACACUCCUGGUGUGGAUCCCAAGCUAAUAACAGAGGCCUGGGUUUACAAUCACUAUAGGUGGAUUGUAUGGAAACUGGCAGCCAUGGAAGUGUCUUUUCCACAUGAAUUUGCUAACAGAUGUUUGACACCAGAAACAGUGCUGUUGCAGUUGAAAUACAGGUAUGAUUUGGAAGUUGAUAAAAGUAAACGAUCAGCAAUCAAAAAAAUAACAGAAAGAGAUGAUGCGGCAGGUAAAACGCUCGUGCUCUGCAUCUCCAAAAUCAUAUCGCUAAACACUGCAGUAUCUCCUGGCAGCAGCAAUGCAAACGUGGAAAGUAAAAAAGCACCAGCAAUAAUUGAAGUUACUGAUGGCUGGUAUGGGAUUAGAGCUCUUCUAGAUCCACCUCUCAAAGCUUUUUUACAUAGAAGGCGGCUGACUGUUGGUCAGAAGAUCAUAGUUCAUGGAGCAGAACUUGUUGGCCCUCAAAAUGGAUGUACACCACUGGAAGCCCCAGAUUCCCUUAUGUUAAAGAUUUCGGCAAACAGCACUCGAUGUGCACGGUGGGAUGCAAAGCUAGGAUUCCAUCGGGAUCCCAGACCUUUUCCUUUGCCUUUGUCAUCGCUCUACAGUGAGGGUGGUUCAGUGGGGUGUAUCGAUGUAGUUAUUCAAAGAACUUACCCUAUUCAGUGGGUGGAAAAGACAUCAGCUGGUUCGUACGUGUUUCGUAACAGCCGAGCUGAAGAAAGGGAAGCUGCUAAGCAUGCAGAGGAUCAACAAAAGAAACUGGAAGCUCUGUUUGCAAAAAUCCAAGCAGAAUAUGAAAAGCAGGAAGAGAGAGUUAGCAGAAGGACACUGAGACCACGCAUAGUCACAAGACAGCAAAUCCGUAAUUUGCAAGAUGGUGCAGAACUUUAUGAAGCAAUUCAGAAUGCAUCUGAUCCUGGUUAUAUGGAGGGAUAUCUCAGUGAAGAACAACGAAAAGCUCUGAAUGCUCACAGGCAGUUGAUGAAUGACAAAAAGCAAGCUCAGAUACAGGAAGAAUUCAAGAAGGCUUUAGAGUCAGCAGAACAGGAAGAAAACGGUUGUUCCAAAAGAGAUGUGUCUACUGUAUGGAAAUUAUGUGUGGUAGACUACAAAAAGCAAGAAAAACUUAAGGGAGUGAUCCUGAGUAUCUGGCACCCACUGCUAGAGGUUUGUGCAUUGCUGAAGGAAGGCAAUCGGUACAGAAUCUCCCAGCUGGCCGCAUCACAGUCCAAAGGAAGGUCAGACCCAGCUAACGUGCAAUUAACAGCAACCAAGAAAACUCAGUAUCUACAGCUGCCAGUAUCACAGGAGAUGCUGGUACAGAUCUUCUUCCCAAGAAAGGCUCUAAAAUUCACCAGUUUGUCAGAUCCUUCUUUUCAGCCACUGUGUGCUGAAGUUGAUUUAGUCGGAGUUGUAGUUUCUGUUAGCAGAACAGGUUUCACUACUAUGGUGUACUUGUCUGAUGAAAGCUGUAAUUUAGUAGCAGUAAAGAUCUGGACAGAUCUCAAACACUUUGCUAUUGAAGAUAUAGUUGUGCGCUCUUCAUUCAUUGCUGCAAGCAACCUUCAGUGGCAGUCUGAAUUCAGAUCAGGAAUUCCUGUGCUGUUGGCUGGAGAUCUUUCUGUAUUCUCAGCAAGUCCAAAGGAAAACUGUCUUCAAGAGAAGAUUAAUGAACUGAGAAGUACGAUAGAGAAUGUGGCCUCCUUUUGCUCUCAUGCAGAAAGUAAAUUGAUGAAUUUGCUACAAAGAAAUCUCUCUCUUACACCCAACUUAACUAAAAGGUGUGGCUUGGAAAGCCCCUCUCCUUCCUGCAACUCAGGUCUUUAUCCAGAGGAUAAAAGUUUGAUCACUUCUAAAAUGGAAAUAAAGCAUCCAAGUCCUUUGUCAACUAGCACACCAAACAUGAAGCUUGUCGCACAAGGGUCAACAAAGACACCUUCAUCUGCUACAAGUAAUGAAGAUCAUCCCCAAAAGAGCAAAAAGAGAAAAGCUAUGGACUUCCUCAGUUGCAUACCUGCCCCUCCACCACUGACACCAAUGCGUUCAAUCAUUUCUCCAUCUCUCAGAAAAGCAUUUCAGCCCCCACGAAGUUUGGGUGUGCAGCACAGCAAGGCUUCGAAAGAAACAAAUCUGAGUAUUGGUCCUGUCACACCCUGUAGAAAAUUGAGAGAAACUGCCCAUCUUCCUCAGAAUGACCUGGUUGCUGAUGAGGAACUUGCAAUGAUUAAUACACAAGCACUCAUGAAAAAGAGGACUGAUUAUGUAAAUGAGACCAGCAACACAAUAGCUAGUAAUUUAUCUGAUAAACCUUCAUCCCAAAACAGUUCCAGGUCUACUGGGGAAGCAAACAACUCAUCAAAAACCAGUUCUGAAGUGGCUCUUCAGAAGCACACAAAAGAACCUGAGGACUUGUUACCAACCCACAGCUUGCUACAAAGACAAAACCCCCAAGAAUGCUACUAA